AUGUCUACAGUAGUCGCUGCUCCCUUCCAGCAAUCUUCGACUUUCGCUUCCCAAUAUCACAACAUGUCCAGCAGCCCGACACAAGCCGCCAACCAGCGCAACACACGGCCGCCGCGUCCUCGCAAUGUCAACAUGCACCACGACCAGCAGAACACUCAGUCCGACUCGGGUCUUCCCUCGCAAGCGACCACUCCGAAGCCCAAGAAGACCAGGCCUAGGCAGCAGAACGACAACCGCGCCGCUUCCAACAGCGACGUCCCCAAGGCUACGAAUCCCCGUUCCAAGCCCGCUCACAAGUCGCCUACUGCCACCCCUGCGAAGCCCGCCGCCUACGCCGGUCCUACCUUCCAUGCCUCUCCCGCCGCUUCGAAUCUGCCCAUGCCAAAGUUCGCUUCAAAGUCCGUGCCCCCUGUCACCACAAGCAAUUCGAUGCAGGCCAAACUGGACGCCGAAUCCACAAAGCUCAAUGGACCUUCGCCAUCUCUUGACAAUGCGGUCCCUCAACCUCUGUCUCGGGAAAGAUCUCCGCUCGACAUCUUCUUCAAUGCCGACAGACAGGAGCGUGCUAGCAAGAGUUCUCCCUUAGCCCAGAGACGUCCUACACCACCAGAAGCAAAGGGCUUGUUCAAGUUGGACAUCGAUACAUCUAGUAGCCCGGCUGCUAAACACAAUCAGGCAGAGGUCGAUCGACAGGCUUAUACGCAGUCGCUCAAGAACUUCCUGAAUUUGCAGCCCUCUACUACCUCUCCCGCUCAGCCUCGUGCCCAGCCGAAUCCUGCAUUCCAGACGCCUCAACAGCAGCGUACCCUCGACGCUGACCCUUCAUUGCACUACGGCAACCGCAGCUUGACCCCGCUCUUCAAUGCUGUUCGCAAUGACCCCUCGUCGCCACAGGCGUCUGCAGGCCACUCGCAGCAACCUUUCGAUCCCCGUGCAUAUCUCGAGUCUCAGUCUCACUCGCCCUUCGUUUCACGUCCCCAACAUGCCGCACCAUCGCCGCAGCAGCAACACUAUCAGCAGCAGCAGCCCUAUCACAGUCCUGCGCAGUAUAUCGGUGCUCAUCGACCACAACCACCCCCUCCUCAGCGCCCAUUCCAGCCUGAGCAUUCUCCUGAUGUCAAGGGCAUGGAGGCCAAGCUCAGGGGAAUGCUUAAGCUGACCUAA